AUGCAAAAAGAAAAUUACCGAAAUUUUAUUGCUGGAUGGGGCGCAGGCUUUGUUGAAACUUUGUUGUUAUAUCCUCAAAAUAAAAUGAUAUUUCGUCAACAGCUGCAAGGUAUUACUACAAAGGAAGUUUUUGAACAGUUAAAAAAAGAAGGUUAUUGGAUGCUAUACAGAGGAAUACUUCCACCUCUUAUACAACGAACAACAACACGAUCAGUGAUGUUCGGGAUGUUUGAUAAAUUUCAUCGUUAUUUUGGUUGCUCAGAAUGUAAGACAGCAUCGACUCGUAUUUCAUGUUUUGCAUCUGCUGCAUUUAUGGCAGGUGCAGUUGAGGCUAUUUCAUGUCCUUUGGAGAGGACGCAAGUUCUUUUGCAGUCACCGAAGUAUAAUCAGCAUUAUAAAAAUACAGUUCAUGCUUUCAAUGAACUUUCUAAGAUUGGAGCAAAGGAAUUGUACCGUGGAUUUACAGUUGUAUUGUUGAGAAAUGGAUCAAGUAACGUUCUUUUUUUCACACUUAGGAAACCAUUUCGUGAUUUUGUUAUUAAUUGUGAUCAGCAAUACGCACCUCGCUAUAUUAGCGAUAGGACACCGGAGCAGUUGGUGACAUUUAUUGGAGAUUUUAUAUCAGGUGCUGUACUUGGUGCUUCUAUAUCAUCACUCUUUUUCCCAUUAAAUGUAGUUAAGCAGCGAAUGCAAAGCACUGUAAAUAGUCCAUUUUUAUCAGCUUGGAAAACUUUUGAAGUUAUUUGGAUCGAGCGGAAUGGUUCGUUUAGGGAAUUGUUUCGUGGAAUUACUCUCAACUACACGAG